ACGAGGAGCUGGAGCGUUUCAUGGAGCGGCCAGGACUCUUGGCCCACCAGUUUUGGAUGUUUACUCGGAAUGGUGUGGUCCUUGCCAGGGCCUGGUGGGAUCCCUGCGAAAAAUCAAGCUGGAGAUUGGCGGCGAUAAUCUGCAUCUGGCCAUUGUGGGUUAAGUCGUACUAUUCACUUUGUGCUUCAGCUCGCUAACUGACUUUUAACCUAGUGCAAAUCGGACACCAUCACGUCCUUGAAACGAUUUAAUAAGCGGAGUGAGCCCAUCUGGCUUUUUGUGACCGGAGGAAGGGCUGUUAACCUUAUGUUCGGCUCGGAUGUGCCCAAGCUGACGUCCAUGCUGGUCAAAGAGCUGGAGAAGACCACGCAGAAGGCAUCACGUCAGGCCAGCUACAGACUGGACGAGCUGCAGCCCAUAGAGGUGGAGCACCAGCGCAUCAAGAUGGAGGCCAUCGAGCGGGCCGAGCGGGCGGAGCGCGAGAUAAAGCACAAGAAGCAGGUGGACUAUCUCACCCAGGUGACGGACUGCAUCAUGGAGAACAUACCCGAUAUAGGUGUGACGGUCUUUGGACCGCAGGUCAAUCGCGACAUGUUCAAGAAGCUAACCGAACCAGCCGAAGCACUUAAGAUGCAGUGCAAGGAUCGCCGGAUCAUCCAGGUGAGCACCGACCAGUUCGAGAUUGUGAACUUUGCAUGCAAGAAUCCCAUGUCGCCGGAUGUGAUCGAGCAACUGGACGGCAAGGAGCUGCUCAUGUGCUUCUGGAAGAUUGACGAGAGCAUCGGCACCGUGCCCAACGUCCUGAUGGCCUAUGCCAAUGAGCUGACCAAGGAGCGCGUGGCGCCGCCCAACGAUGAUAUUCCCGAGGAGCAUGUCUUGCCGCCGAUUAUCACGACCAUGAAACUAAAAAUCGAGGUGGAGCUGAAGGAGGGCGAGACUUGGGUGGAGGAGAUCAGCUCCGAGGAGGAGGCGAGGCUGCACCAGGCCAAAAGCAAGGCCAAAACGAAGUCGGUCAUCCACGAGGAGGGGCACCUGGCCGAGGAGGAAGCCGCCGAUCUGGAUGCCGAGGAGGAGGCCAGCGAGGAGGAGACGGCUGCGCCCGAGCCCGGAGGCGAUGCAAUGGGCGGCUUCCCUUCCAUGCCCGGCUUCGAGAUGGAAGUGGAUGCCGGCGAUGAGGCCGGCGAGGAUGAGGAGGAGGUGGCGGAGGUUAAGGAGGAUGAGCAACCGAAGCCACUCACUCGCACCAAGACGGUGAAAAUGCCACCCAUUUGGGUGCCCAACAAUCGGCGCACCCAUGCCGCCCUCAUCUAUGUGUUCUUCCGCAGUCAGACAUCUGCGUUUCUGCCACCGGAUCCCAAGCCGGAGCCACCGCACAUCAUCAUGGCCUUCGACGCCUCCAAGCGCAAGGAGAUCAUGCAUGUGGUCGAUCGACACAAGGACGAUGUGCCGCUCUACGGAUUCUUCUCCAGCGCCGAGCCGGACGAGGCCGAACUUAUUGCCAGUUCAACGGACAAAUACGAGAGCAGCCCUCAUGCACCCACCGACAAGAUCGUGCUGAAGGUCAACAAGGUGCAGUCCAAUAUGAUGUUAUCCCUGGUUUCGUACGGUCCCAGCUAUGUGAGUCCCAAUGUGAAUGUCGGCAAGGACGAGGCGCUCAAGUUCUUCCCGGAGGACUACAAGGCCCAGGAGGAGGUCGUCGUCGAGGUGGAAAAGAAGAAGAAGAAGAGCAAGCGGGCCACCGAAAUCACUCAGGAAAUGGAGACGGCGGCAGCAGCUGCAGCGGCGGCUCAUCCACCGGAGGCACAUGCUCCAGCCGCAGAGGCAGAAGCGCCCGCCGCGGAGGCUCCCGCUGGCGAAGAAGGAGCUGUCGCACCAGCGGCCGGAGAAGCUCCGCCAGCCGGAGAUGCCGCACCGGUGGACGCAGCUGAGCCAGCCGCCGAGGGAACGGCGCCGGAUGCACCGGCUCCAGCUCCAGAUGCUCCAGCUCCAGAUGCUCCUGCACCGGAAGUGGCGCCACCCGAGGCGCCCAAGGAGGAGGCGCCUGCCGCCGAAGCGCCACCAGAGCCAGAGGCAGAAGCUCCUGCUCCUGCCGAUCCUGCACCAGAGCCAGCUGCCGAGUAGCUAGUGUGACAACCGAUAAAACGUAUUAUUUGGCUACUAAAUUUUACAGUGUAUGUAAAUUACGCAAAAAUGCCCAGUUGUUGAAUUGUUCAAA